AUGUUGCUGCUCACUACAAAUGCCACACUGCUCUUGGAAACGGGGAGACCUAGUGUACACCAAGAAGUCGUCAACAAGUGGAGGGAUCCUCUACCAAUUAGAGUGUCAGAAGUUGCUACCAAGAAGAAAGGAGAUCGAGUUUCUGUAAAAGGAACCAUUAUCAAGGUAAUAAGACGGCCAAACCCAGAACAGCAACGGCAGACAGCAGAGGAAAUUCAGGGAAAUUGCAGACUCCCAGGAGUUAUAGGAUUCAUUGAUGGAUCCCACAUUCAACUAUCAUCAGCUUUGGAUGGGGAAAAGGACUACUACAAUAAAAAGGGAUUCCCUUCUAUACAAUUACAGAUUGUAGUGGAUCAAACACUGAAGAUUAUCAAUUGUUACACUGGUUGGCCCGGAUGCGUUCACGACGCACUUCGUAAUUCCGGAUUAUACCAGAAAGCUGAGAAUGGAGAAAUGUUUAUACAGAACCAUUUAAUACUUGGUGAUAAUGCUUACCCUCUUAGAAAUUGGUUGAUAACGCCAUUUAAAACUUGGGCAAUCUCACUAGGCAGCAACUUAAGUUCAACAAAAGACUCUCAAGUAUCCGUCAAAAUGUAGAGAGAGCCUUUGGACACUUAAAAGGGAGAUUUCGAAGGUUGAGGGAUGUUCCCCUCCAUGACCACAAAGACAUAUGUACAAUGAUUUAUGCAGCUUGCAUUUUACAUAAUUUGUGUGUACAAUAUAAUGAUGAUGUAGAUGGUUACAUCGAACAACUAAAUGAUGUUCAUCCAAAUCAAUUUCAAAACAUUUACCAAAAUGGUCAUGCAGGAAUUGUACGGUGACUGCAGUUGGUUAACAUUCCUUAAUUCUCUUGUUAUCCACUAGUCUAUAUAUUUACACUGUAGCAUUUCAAAACUGCAUUAGAAUGUUCAAAGAUUUUU